AUGAAUGCCCUUGUGGUUGUCGCUUCGCUUCUUAUAGCAACUACGUCGGGACAGCAGCAGCCACCGGGUGUAACACAACCCAUAGUGGAGGACUGUGGUUUUGGCGAUUCAGUGGUCUGCGUGAACAAAUACGCUGCUGUGCUUCCAUAUCACUUCAAUCGCUCAAUAACUUCACUAGCCGCCGACUAUGACUUCCGCAACACCACGGUACCAAAUGCCCCUACUUUCCAGCUACUCCAGAAUGCCUCCUUUGUGGUGUUCGACCGAGACCGUGGAUUGCAAUACCUAGGGCCAGAACCGACGUACGAGUUCGUAUUUCAAGUCGGUAAUUCAGUACAUGAAGCUCCUGUCUACGUGCCAAGCUUGAACAAAUUAUUCAUGUCUCAACUGCCGCCUGUGGCGGCGCCAAUUAGCACUAUGUACGAGUAUCUGCCGCAGCUUGUGGUCGAUCUCGGCCAGGAGCCAUUGACCCUGCAGGAGUAUGUGACGGAUCCUCCGAUAUUCGCGCCGAAUGGAGGUAUCUAUCACAAUGGCCAGAUCAUCUGGGCUUCCAGCGGUGGCUUCAACAAUCUCAACGGCACGGAGCAGCGUAUCGCGCUUCACAGCGUGGAUCCCACCACGAACAAGUCUACUGUUCUUUUGAACAACUUCUUUGGGUUUUAUUUCAACAAUAUGGAUGACGUUACCGUCCACCCGACGUCGGGCGAUCUCUUCUUUACUGAUCCUGACUAUCCCUGGUUCAACGGCCGAGUUGAUACAGCUCCUCAGCUGCCUACUGCAAGCUAUCGCUUUAACCCAACAACAGGAGCCUUGUUCCUGAUCGACGACACCAUAGAGCAACCCAACGGAAUCGCCUUCUCGCCAGACGGGAAUACUCUAUACAUCACAGAGACUGGUUCAUUGACCGGAAGUAUCGAUCCAGCCGUUGGGCCUGGAACAAAACACUACAACACCACAGGCAAAAGAUCCAUAUAUGCCUUUGACGUGGCCAAUAACGGCACCAAAAUCAGUAACAAGCGUUCCUUCUACAUGGCGCAAGACUACAUACCGGACGGCCUCAAGGUUAGCCGCGAAGGCCUGGUUCUUACGGCUACGGGUCACGGUAUCGAUGUGAUUGAUGAUAUGGGCCAACUCUUGCUUAGAGUGCAGACCAACCAUUCCGUCCAAAAUCUGCAAUUCACUGGUCCAAAUCUGGAUACAGUCUGGCUCAUGGGUAAUCAAGGGAUUAGCAGGGUGCAUUGGAAUAUCACUGGCCAGAUUCCGAAGUAA